AUGUUCCGAGUUGGGUCGGGAUCUCGAAUCAAUGAGAAGGAGGCGGAAUUAACGCAAUUGAGGACUGUUAGAAGCGAUGGAUAUUAUCGAUGUUUGUGCGGGACGCAUGUUCAUGUAAGUCGGACUUUGACCCUGAAAGGAUUAGUUGUAACAUGAUCCGAUUCAUUUAUAUAGAAAAUCAUGCCUUGCUGUACAGCCUUACAUUGCAAAAUACACGGCUUAAUAAACCUUCUCCGCCUUACUUACAUAUACCUUAUUUUAGGUCGGGACAUUCUUCUUUGCCAUUAUUUCCAUUCUUCAUUGCACAAUAUGGGCUAUUGUUGGCAUUGGUGCCACUCUAGACGGAAAGGAACAUUCUGAUAGCUUGAUAAUUUUAACUGUCAUCGCCAUCUUUGCCAUGAUUCCAUCGGCCAUCCUCUUGGCUGGGAAUCGUCUCAAACGGCCGGCGUUGUAUCUGCCAUACAUUGUUUGCAUGGUAAGUGGUUUGGGAGGACAGUAGCUUUCGGUAUGAUAAAGUUAUCGCUCUAUCUACAGUACGGUAGAUAUAAAAAAAAAGUAGAAAAGCGCGGCCGAAAAAUUAUCUUUUUCUCUUAAAUUUUCUUUAUUUGUUCUCUCGGCAACGCAAAAUAUCUGGAAAAGCAAAAAAUUGCUUUGUCCAUGUAUCUUCAAGUGAACUGGAGCCUUUAUACAGCAAAACUCAUCUAUAAAAACUAAUUUUUUUUGGUUAUUUGUGACUUAUUGUUUAGAAGUUUCACUAUAUACUCAAACAUUAAGUAAAACACCUUUGAAAUUUCUGAAAAAUCAAGAAAAUUUAUUCACUUUUACCGACCAUUUCCAGCUCUCAGUCGUCCUUCUCAUGGCAAUCCUGUGCGUCGCCUACCUCCUCUGGAUGAUCGGAUUUCUGGCCUUUGGCUACACUCAACUGCCCACUUUUAUUGCCCGAAAACAGGAAGAAAUAACCAAACGGGAGAAGGUUUUGGUGCCGGUUUACUGGAUCGGCCUUUGUCUUGUGACCUACAUCUAUUUCUACGUGCUUCAAGUGGUCAGAAAGGGAAAGCGAUGGCUCCGAGAGCGAUAUGACGACUAG